AUGACUAGUCAAGUUGGUGUUGAAACAGUUCAAUUGUCGGAUUAUCUCAAAAAUCUUGAAAAUGCAUGUGAAACACCGAAUUUUGGUUAUACCCAUCAAAGUUUGGAAGAUGAAAUGGUUAGACAACAAACAAUUGAAGGAUCAUCAAAAUGGAUCAGAGAAAGUGUAACCAGUUCGAAUCAUGAUAUUUUGAAUCAAAUCAGUUAUAUAACAGAACGAGUUGAAACUAAUAAAGACUGUUUGCAUUAUUUAGCUGGGAUUACAAGUAUGGAAGAUAUAUAUUCUGAUGUUGCAGCAUUCAAUGCUAAACGUGCAUUGAAACUUAUAAUGGAAAAUCUCGAUAAUAAGUUUUGGAGAAGAAAAUUAUCUGGACCUAUCAAUCGAUGCUGGCAAAAUCUUGGUCGAUAUUCAGAAUUAGCAACUAUACAUCUUAAAAAUGCUGCCGAUUUUCAUCAGUUUUACUAUGAUGCCAGACAUUUAGAAACUAAACUUUAUGAUAGACAUAAAAAAUUUCUGUAUAAUCGUGGACGAUUUGCUGAAAUGAAUCAUGAAUAUUAUACAAAUUCAUCAAAAGAAUUAAGAGAUUGGUUAAGAAGCCAGUUUGAUCAUUUAAACUAUGUGGUCAAUCGUUCAAAACAGUUAAUUGAACAAUCUAAAUCACUUGUGCCUAUUUAUCUACGAACUAAUCGUAUUAAUUCCCCUGUAAAUGGUGUAAUGCUAUGCGAUUAUGAAACACCUAAGUUUAAACUAACCGCUGGUGAGCGAAUUGUUAUAAUUGACAAUAUGGCUGGUGGUGUAGAAAAUAAACAGAAAUUCCUAUUAAGAACAGGUAUUAAUCAAGAGGAAGAUAUAACAUCAGAAGCAUCACAUAAUAUGACAUCUGAUACAUUGGAUAUUUGUGAAACAGAUAGUGAUAGUCAUUCAAGAACCGAGGAAAUAGACGAUCGUUCAACUGACAGUAACUCUUAUUUACGAUAUCCAAAACCUAGAAUCACAACAAUGCCUUGUUGGAAUUUUGGUCGUGGUCAAACCAGUGGUUCUGGUACUACAAGUAGUGAUCAAACGAGUAGUACUUUUACAGAAAAUGUCAGUCCAUUAGGACAAUCAUCGUCAAAGCUUCAUUGGCAUGUUAGAAGUAUUGAUGGGAAAGUUGAAGCAUUAGUACCAUCUGUAUGUGUAUGGAUUCCGUCACCCGAUAUGGAAGCUCAAGAGAAAGCAAUAAAACUUUAUAAAGUCAUUUUAGACAGUUGGAAUUACAUCAUAGAUGAACAGCUGAAAAUUUGUCUUCAAUUCUUCACAAUCUUAUUACAACGGUUUAUUGAAAGUGAUGGUUUAACUACAGAUGAUGAUGAAGCGUUUAAACGAUUUCUAAACAACUUAGUAUUCUCUUUAACUGAACCACCAACAGCUGAGGCGGAAAAUUUUAAUAAAGAAUUCUUACGACUUAUUGAUGCUACACGUGAACAUUGGAAUAAAACAAAGACAUUUGGGACUCGUAUACCAGGUAGCAUUCAUCUACGUCGAACAGAAAUCGCAAUAUUUCAAAGUCUGCUUGAUUGGAAUAAAGCCCAUAUGAGAACUAUAAAGCAAUAUGAACAAGAAAAUAUCAUACCACUCGAUUUAUCACAAAAACUCACUGAUCUUCAAGAGCAAAGUUUUCAUAUGAUGGAAACUGUGACACUUGUCAAUGAUUUAGCUCAGAAGGAUAAGAAAAAAUUAGAUAGUUUACUAAAUCAAUUAAGAAUAUGGAAUAAGCAAACAAAAGAUAAAAAUCAAUUUAAUAUUUAUUCGUUAUCAUCAAGUUCUGAUGAUGAAUGGCUAUCCAGUUCAGGUUCAGAGUAUAUAAAUUCAGAAAGUACUUAUGAAUCGGUUGAUGAAACGGAAACAUCAUACAUCGUUCAUUCGAAACAAAUUAAACAACCACUUUUUACAAGUAGUCUGAAAUUUCCACAUAAAACGUUUAUACUUCCAGCUAUAUUCACAUAUGAUGAAGAAAUGGUAUGUAGUUGUACUACUAGUGAAGAAAUUCAAAGUAUUGGUACAGGUAGUUCUUGUACGACGGAUGAUGAAGUUGAGGAUUAUCAAAAAUACCAUUCAAAACAAGAUUUUCAUACAAGAUCUGAUGACGAUUUCUUGAAUGAAAACAAAAAUUUUGUAACUACAUAUGACAAACAAAUGUUGUUAACACUUGAACGACCAAUAGACGCAAAAAGUAAGCCAAUAACAUACAAGAGCAGAAAAUACAUCGAUACCAAAGACGGUGGACGUUAUUCAGUUGUCUAUAUAGAAGUAGCGCCAACUGAAGAAACUAAUAUACUUGAUUCUAUUGAUCAAGAAAAUUUGAAGCCGUCAACAAUUUCAAAAUCUACACAAUCAGAAGAUCCUUUGAAAAAAACAAGAUUUACACGGAGAACGUGGAUAGAAAAGCAGCAUGUUGAGGAAGCAAAGAGUCUGACUAAAAUUGAAGAGUCAGCUAGAAUAAUUCAAACAAGACCCAGCAAAGUUCAAAUUACAGAUAUAGGUGUAGAAGCACAUCCAAUCUUCAGAAGCGUUGAAUGCUGUACCACAGAUUUUAUAACCACAACUUCACAAUCAAUAACAGAAUUACAAAAACAACAACGUCAAUUUAACAAACAUAGAGAAAAUGUUCAAACACAAACAGAUUUCAUCUACGCAGUUGGGCAGUACACACAUGUAAAAGAGAUAACAGAAGCUCAAUUCAACAAGCUAAUCCACCAAGAAGCAGAAAAGUUGAAAUGUAAAGAUAAGGGCAAUAAAGCUUGUCAAACUUAUGAAACACUGAAAAGCCCUGUAAAAAUAUACGAAACUACAUUUGAUGAUCGUAAACUACAAGAAAAAACUGAAGAAAGUACACGACUGACAGGUGACUUUGGAUGUCAGUAUCAGAAACAAAUAAAACUUUUUGACAAACAGGAACAUUACCUCAAAGAAGGUACACCUAAAACAACGAUGACAGAUAUAUACGACAUCCAAAAAAGUAACAAAGAAAAUAGGGCAAUGUUUGGACGAAUUAUCGAAUCAGAAUUAGUAACUAAAACCAUCGCAUUUGUAGACACAAGCCAAAUACAAAGCAGUGUUAAAUUUGAAGAAAGACCCUCCAAACAAAUAGGACGAUAUGUUGAGAAUUAUCAACACUACACGCAAAACGACGAAAAAAAGAAGCAAACACUAAGCUCACAACAUAAAAAUGUGCAACAGACAAGCAGCCACACAGUGACGGAAGCAGUGGGAGUAGCAGAACGAGAAGUACAGGUGACUCAAACCGAACGACCAGUUGUGACCAGUGAGGAUCACAGAGAGUUGAAGACAGUGAAACCUGAUCAUAUGAUGUCAGUGAGUGCCUCCUACGCAGAGUCGCCUGUCCAACAGCCACCACCUCGCCAUCUGACUGAGACUGCCACACAGGCGACCUCCGUCACCACACACGUCGUGGAAUCCAGUCAGCAUGAGAUUGUCUGGAAACCCACCGUUCAAGUCAAAGCUCCUCUCAUCACCGAGACCGCCUCAUUAGAGUUACCGACACCUGAACCUGUUCGCAAAACAUCGCUAGUGGAAGCCACACAGUUCGUGAAACGUUCCACUGUCGACCAACAAAUCGACACAGUACCAGUCUCCUCGUCCGACGUGGGUGCACAGACCGAGCCACACAAAUCUCUACUCGACGGUGCUGCCCAUUUGUCGUUGAAACGCACCGAUGCGACGUCACAAGCCAAACCUGUCCAAUUGUGCAUGGUGGAUUCUUGGAGUGAGAUGCAUGCACCAGUGAAACCAGAGACACCAGUUGUUCCAGUCCAGCAGCCACCGAAACCCAUCCAAACAUUGGAAGCCUGUGUGCAGACGGUGAAGGAAAGUGUGUGUGUUGUGGAUAGUGCGACCAGUGUGUCAGUGAAGUCGCCCGAAAAUGCACUUGAUUUUCCUCCCGAUCGUUUAUUGUUGACGAAUAUUGUGCAUUUCAUUCAGUCUUCUUCAGUUGAUUCAUCUGUUUGUGCUGUACCUUCUUUUGUUGAUUGUUGGUCGCAAUGUAAUUUUUCUUCUUUAUCAACUUCUCAGCUUGUCGAUGAUUGUGUUUAUGUUUCUGGUGCUGAUUCUUUGUUUUGCUCUCUUGUUGAUUCUUGUUGUAAAAUGGUCGUUGGUUGCUCUUCUCUUGGAACUUCGACCGAGCCAUUGAAGCCUUUUUUCCAUGAACCUAAGAUUUCAAACUUAAUUGACUCAUCUGGAUUCUUCCUUGUUGAUCAUGAUUAUUUACCUUCAACUAUACAGGACGAAGAUGUCCCUCUUGACUCCGGGGAUCUUGAAUGGGAGUUAGUUGACGAUAAUUUGAAAGAGCUACAUCGUUGUUUGGUUGAUAGUUGUGUACAAACUGAAGAGUCGUAUAUUUGUAGGCCUAAUUCUCAAAAAGAAUACUCGCCUUCCUUACCUGGCAGCCAAUUACCUACCGUCAACAGGAAAAACUUCUCAGUCCAGUAUAUUUAUGAACCUGCUCAAGAAAAUGCCGGCUGUCAAACUCAACCCAUUACGUUUGAUAAGAUUCAGAAAGACAUCAUCAUUGAUAAUCAAAAUGCUGAAACCAUGACUGAUGAUGUCGACUCAAAAGUCGCCGUCUUACUUCAAAACAUUAGUUCUACAGACAUUAGAGAACGUUUAAUUGAACGUUAUUACUAUUCAGCACCAAGCAGUGCCGUGCUUGUUACUGACGCAGAAGUUCAAGUCAAUCUGACUGGCUCAGUUUAUAAAGGAUAUACAAAAGACUUCUACAUAAAAGACAUUUCUACAGACUAUGUUGUUGAGCAUCAUAUAGAAAACGAGAAUGUAAUACUAGAAGAAUCGAGUGGACAUGAUGAUAGUGAGCAAACUGUGUCAGGUACAUCAUAUUCUCGAUACACAAAGCGCUUGCUUCAUGAAGAUAGUGUAACUGAAGUUUGGGAAAAAUGUCCCCCAACGCAUUCUGUUUUUGAUUAUUAUCAAAGCCGUCGGGAGUUUGGGUCGGUACGUGAACAGGCCUCUAUGGCCAUGGAAGAGCCUGUCACAGCAGCAGAUGUUGGCAUUCAAAUUGUGUUUGAUUCACUUUCGCAUAGUUUACCUUCUGAAUCCGAAAUAUCAAGAUCUGAAUCCCCGCUUAGUGGAUCAAGUUACACUUAUGAAGCAUAUUUGAUACGCUCAAGACUAGGACAAGUAUGUGAAGUCCAGUGUCAAUUUUGUCCUACACAUAUACCAACAGCAUCCCAAACAGAUCAUUACGGAAUUUCUAUGCAGACUGAAAAACAUGAAAAAUUCAAAGAGGAUAUUUUUGAAAUUUAUCAAAGAAGACUAAUAAAAGAUCAAAUUGCAGAAGCAUGGACUCAAGUUGAACAAGAUUCAUACACAGAAUCUCGAAUGGAACAAGUUAGUGAACCUAUCGACGUAAUCGAAGAACGUAUCUUGGAGAUAACUGAGAAGAAAAGUAAAAAGGUUUAUAGUCAAAUAAAAAUUACGGAGGAAUUCACAGAGGAGGAGGAUUUGAUUGUUUGUGAAUUGGGUGUGCAAACAGAUCCGUUCUAUGAUCAACAAUACUUUAUCAAAACAAAAGAAAGUCAUUCUUUAAUGGACUUACGUGAAGAAAGUUCUAGGCGUUUAAGCACUACGGGUAUUCAGACAUCAGUAAUUCACCUGGCCAGUAUUAUCUCUUCAGGUGACUUAGAAUGGGCUGAUGAGGAUCUGUGUGAAGUAAUUAAGGCAGGCAUUAGAUUGCUUGGAUCUGACGGGCAUAAAAGUGAAGAUAUAUCUGUGUCGAAAUAUAGGUCUCACCAACUGAAUAUUUGCUCUAGAUUACCAACUGAUUCGGGUGAAAAGGUGCUUAUCAGUAGCGGCACACAAGCAAUUCCUAUAGAAUCAGAUCUCGAGAAAAAGUUCCAGAAGGAUUGGCAAGUAGAAGAUAUCUCGAUUCAUGAAUCUGCAGAACGCUUCCAAUCUGAUGAUAUCGUAGAAAAAGUUGGUAUGCUUACAGAAGAAACCCACCACAUGUCGAAAAUUUUAGUUCAACUACGUCAACGAACAUUACAAUAUGAAUUAUUUGAAUCUCAAUAUUCAACAUCAUGUAUACAAUGGAAUAAUAUCCGUGAAGUGGCUAGUCCAAGAACAGGAUUAUUUGCACCAGUUGCAAUGGCAAUAAGAAGAGGAUGGAUUCGACUUGGUGAAGUCAAUGAAUAUGUGGAUCCAAUGACCGGAGUUGCUAUUCCAUUAGAAACGGCUUAUCAACAAGGACGUAUACGAUUAACUAGUUCAUCAAGUCAUUAUGAUAGAAAUAUUAUAACAAAUACACCUGUAUUACUAUUAAUUGAACGAGUAUACUUUAGUUGGUGCAAAGCUUAUUUAACAAGCGUUGUUAAUACAGCUACGGGUGAAGUACUAUCCCCUAAUUUAGCAAUAGCAAAUGGUAUACUGGAAACAACGGAAGAUGAAAUACGUUUAUUAGAUAGUUUAACAAAUACAUGGAUUACUAUAGAAGAAGGUGCUGGUCGACAAAUAAUACAAUUAGAACCAUCAACUCCAACAACAGAAUCUAUGGAAGAUGAAUUAGAUGAGCCAGUUAGUUGUAAAGUUUAUCAACUUACUCAUGUUUGUCCUGGUGGUGAACCAUCUCCUUGGUUAGGUCCAUUAGAAGCUGUACGUUUAGGAUUAUUAAAUUGGGAAACUGGUGAAGUUGCUGCUGAUUGGCCAGCAAGACCAAUAUUACGUAGUAUGAAUUCUACAGGGCAUUUAUUAUCAGAAGAUUUUAUUCCAACUAAAUGGUGUAGUUUUCUAACUGCAAAACAAGCUGGUUGGUUAAGAUUUAUUGAAGAAAUAGAACCACAACGUUAUCUAACAACAUCAGGUACACCAAAUAAAGAACCAGGAUCACUUGUAUUAUCAACACAAGUAAAUCUUUUAGCUCCUUCUCAAGUAUCUUUAAAUUAUGAACAUGAUGAUAUUGAAGAAAAUUAUGAUCAUCAAACUAAUCAAUAUCAUCAUGAAUUCAAUAUACCAAGAACUAGAUCAGAUGAUGUUUUUACAACUAGAGAUUUGAGUACAUCUAAUUUAUAUCAUCCAUUUAAUAUAUUACCUGAUACUAGAAGUGUAUCAUGUACUCGAAUUGAUAUAACAUCACCAUUAUAUAAUGAUUAUAAAUUAAUUCCAUCACGUAUGCAAGUAAGACAUGAAAAUGAUGAACAUUCAUGGACAAGUGAAACACAAAUAUGGGAAGAAUAUCAAGAGACUUCAUCAAGAACUAUUUCACCUGAUAAUGCAAGGGGUCAUCAAUAAAUAGAAAAGAGAAAUUACACUCUUUUUAUAGUUUACAAUCAUGAUUUCUUUUUCUUAGAAUUAAAAAAGAAAAAAAAUAGAUACAUUUUAGUACAUCUCUUCAUCAUCACCAACACCCCCUAUGUCCUUUUCUAGUGCUUAUGAAACCUUUUAUUAUUCGGUUGUCUUUUUUAUGUAAAAGAAAAUAAACUAUUAAUUGAACAAUGGAAUAAAAUAAAACAUUAGUAAAAUUAAUCUGUUU